GAGCAGGUGACGUCACCACUGUCCACAACAACAAGAGGCAGAAAAACAAGGAAGUGGAUUAUUGUCAUUAACGUCGUGAUUCUGUUCGUUUUAGCGACUCUGUGACAAGACUCGCAGAGUCUCCAGAUAUACACUGAUAUCCUCUGAACUUCGAACCGGAUCGUAACAAUGAACAACAAAGGCUCAUAUCCACAGCAGAGUGUUUACCCUCAGCAGAGCACCGCCCCUGUAUACCCCCAUGCUAUGCAAAUCUCUCCUCAGGCGCCUCCUUACACGGACACGCCACCCGCAUACUCUGAGAUAUACCAGCCCAGAUAUGUGCUUCCCCCUCAGGUGACCGGCCAGGUGCCUCAGAUGACCUCCCCUUAUGUGGGUACUCAGGUCUACAUGCCCAUGCAGCCGCAGAUGCCCGUCGGGCCGAUGGCCCAGAACGUCCCCCUGGCUUACUAUCCCAUGGGAGCCGUGUACCCCGCUGGUUCCACAGUGAUGGUUGAGGGUGGCUUCGAUGCUGGCGCUCGCUUUACCGCUGGCAGCAGCGUUUCCAUCCCGCCCCCACCCCCGGGGCACGCCCCAAAUGCGGCCCAACUGGCGGCCAUGCAGGGCGCCAACGUGGUCAUGACGCAGCGCAAGAACAACUUCUUCUUGGGCGGCUCCAGCGGAGGUUACACCAUCUGGUAACAGCAGCUGCUCCCUCGCGCUUACACCCAAUCCAGCGCCCACCCCCUUCCCCAACAUCACGUCCCUCCCCAUCUCCUCCUUAGGCUGCUUAGCCACAAUACUGAAAUCACCUAAUGGAAUGUAAUGUUUUUGAGCCCUUGUGAAAGGUACAGUACUCCACUUGUAACCUAGCGAUCAAAUGACCAACGCAAGUAUUUUACUCGAAUCCAUCCCAUCAUAUUUCAUUGCGUCUUGCUUUGGUUUUAGUUUAGGUCAUUCCAGGUUCACGCGGAUGGUGGCCUGUGCUUUGACACUCGUUGUUAAGUAGGUUAGCCAGGUAGCUAAACUUGAUAGAUUUUGCAAGGUUUAGGCUCUCUACGGUAAUGCGAUGAAGUCCACUUAGAGGGAGAGUCAAGUCAACAUUUUUCUUGACAAUAAUAUGUUUGGUGUCCUCCACUAUUCUAAGCACUGUAUUCGGAUUCAUAUUGCGUUUGUGGAAUAUAAAUUGAGCGGAAAAUCUAUCCAUUUUUAUCCAUCUCAGGGAGUGGCCAUUUUGCUCUGGUAACGACCGUUAUGGCUCAUCUAUUUCUGGUUUUGGUCAUUUGGUGACAUUUGCAAGCUGAGCUCUUCGGCGCCGUGAUGUACAAGAUAAUAUGGCUGCCACCUGAGCUGGAUAAAGACGGGUGAAUUUUUAUUACACACAUCACUUGAAUCAGAAUACCAUCUGACUUGACUUCCCGUUUAAGAGAUCAACAUUUGGAAAACAGCAUCACAUAAAAGUCUUUGAUUAAGUCUGCACUAGAGAUUCUCAACUGGUCUCACGUGUUUUUUUCCCUUUGGCCGUUCUAUCAGAUAUCAAACCAAAUUGUUGUGUGAAAACGUAUCAAAGCGCAUUACGGGGAACUGAGGAGUCAAGUUAAACUGAUCAUCAACACCACACGAUAAGGCCACAAAUUAAAAGUGGAUAAAAUAUGAUAAAAUAUUCAAAUACACAAAGACGGCAGCACAAAUCUGAAGUCAAGAUGCUAAGCUGCCGUAUGUUUCUUAAGGUGUGCGACUGGCCAUUAAAUGCCUUUAAAAGUAUUUUUGACAACCAGUUGAAAGUGACUCGUCUGGAGACCAAAAUAUCACACUUAAUUCUGCAUCUAUCGAAAAGAAAUUAGGCAAUAGGCAAUUUAUGUCGUUUAUAAUAGUCAAGCUGCUUCAUAGUGAAAGUGACACACAAUUGCAAAGUUGAACGCAAGAAAAAAAAAUCCCCACUCGUCUUUUUUUUUCCUUUCAAAACCUUUUAGUGUAGUUAAACUUUUGGAUGUUGUAUUUACAUGUAAAUAUCAGUAUGACUAUCACAAGAAAUUCUCAAGAAAAAAACGUGCAUCGAGCUAGAUUGAAUUUGUUGUACUCGAUGUUUUAAAAAAAACAUUAAAAAGCAAGUCGCAUUUAAAGAACUGAAAGUCAAGAAAUGUAAAAAUGCACUUGCAGAAAAAGUGGUUUACUGUACCUUGUGGGGCAACGUAUAGAUUUAACAUAGUCAAGUGCCAAAGAGCACUGGGGGAUUGUCCCCGUUUAAAGAAACAAAACGUUCAAAAGAAAAUGGAACAAGAUUUUCUAAAUCCAAAUGAGUUGACUGGGACAGGCUGGUUGGUAUAACAUUUGUAGCUUGUUAAUUUUCUUUUUUUUUUGUUUUGUUUUGUUGUCGGAUACCUAGAGUUUAUACACUAAAUGUCUGAAGCGUGCAUAUCGGUCUAAGUAUGUCUGUUGUUUGAUUUGGUAUUCAUUUACUUUUGAGGAAAAGCCCCCAUUUUCAAUCUGGAACGUUUGAAUAGGUUCCUUGGUUUCCAUUCAUGAGGCUCAUUCAAUUUUUUGUUUAUUAAAACAAAACAAAAAAAAACAACAACAGUUCAAGUCAAUUUUACCAAAGAAAACAAUGACGUUUUAUAUUAUCCAAUAACCAGUUAUGGGCUUUUUCACAAUUGUUCAAACAAUGUUGUGAGUUUCAUCAUCUUUAAUUUGCACAUUACUGCUAAUUUAAUGAAACCCGAGAUGCACUGCUAAACUAAAAUGACAAAUUCCAGAAAGGGUGUUGGUGGUUAUUUUUUGUCAUCAUGGUUUUGUGUGAAUGUGUGUUCAGAAAACUGUGAAAUAUUGUACUAAGAGGCUUUACUGCUGUUUGCGUGAACACGUUUAGUUAACAAGAUACAAUCAGAAAACAACUACUAGCUUUAUGUUUGACUAUUUCAUGUCUAACUUUAAUAUUGUAAUGUAAAGUUAGCUUACAGGCUGUUGAAGGGUUGGGGAGGACAAUACAGUUGCAAGAAAAAGUAUGUGAACCAUUUGGAAUUACCUGGAUUUCUGCAUUAAUUGCUCAUAAAAUAGUGUUCUGAUCUUCGUCUCAAUCACAACAACAGACAAACACAAUCUGCUUGAACCAAUACCACACAAACAAUUUUAUGUUCUCGGUUUUUUUGUUUGUUUGUUUUUUAAACACCAUGUAAAUAUUCACAGGGCGGGGGUGGGAAAAAGUAUGUGAACCCUUAAGCUAAUAAGCUAAUACAGGUGAGCAAUCUGGAGUCGAAUCAAUGAGCCAGAUUGAAGUGGUUGGGUGAAGCUGCCCUGCCCUAUAAAACCCACACCACUUUGGAGUUUGCUAUUCUCAAGACCCCAUUGUCUGAUAUGAACCAUGCCUCGCACAAAAGAGCUCUCAGAAGACCUACGAUGAAGGAUUGUCGACAUGCAUAAAGCUCGGAAGGGUGAUAAAAUUAUCUCUAAAAGCCUUGUUGUCCAUCAGUCCACUGUGAGACAAAUUGUCUAUAAAUGGAAAAAGUUCAGCACCGUUGCUAUUAACUACAAGUAGCCGUCCUGUAACGAUGACUGCAAGAGCACAAUGCAGAAUACUCAGAAAGGUGAAGAAUCCUAGCGACUUACAAAAUUCUCUGGUACACUAGACAAAUCUACAAUACGCAAAACACAACAAGAAUGGAGUUCAUGGGAGGACACCACAGAGGAAGCCAUUGCUGUCCAACCCCCAAAAAAACAAAACAAAACAAUGCUGCACAUUUGAAGUUUGCAAAGGAUCACAUGGGUGUUCCACAGCAUUACUUGUAAAAUAUUCUGUGGACAGAUGAAACCAAAACAGAGUUAUUUGGAAGGAAUACACACCGCGAAGUGUGGAGAAAAAAAGGCACAGCACACCAACAUCAAAAUCUCAUCCCAACUGUGAAGUAAGGUGGAGGGGGGCAUCAUGGUUUGGGGCUGCUUUGCUCUCUCAGGGCCUGGACAGAUUGCUAUCAUCGAAGGAAAAAUGAAUUCCCAAGUUUACCAAGAUAUUUUGAAGAAGAAGUCCACCAAUUGAAGCUCAACAGAAGAUGGGUGAUGCGACAGGACAAUGACGCAAAGCAAAAAAAGAAGUAAAACAACAGCAUGGCUUCAACAGAAGAAAAUGCACCUUCUGGAGUGGCCCAGCCAGGGUCCUGACCUCAACCCCAUAGAGAUGCUGUGGCAUGACCUCAAGAGAGCGAUUCACACCAGACAUCCCAAGAACAUUGCUGAACUGAAACAGUUGUUUAAAAAUUCCUCCUGCCCAUUGUGCAGGUCUGAUCUGCAACUCCAGAAAACAUUUGGCUGAGGUUAUUGUUGCCAAAGUAGGGUCAACCAGUUAUUAAAUCCAAGGGUUCACUUACUUUUUCCACCACGCGUGGUGAAUGUUUACAUGGUGUGUUCAACAAAAUUACAUGAACAUAUUGUUUGUGUCGUAUUAGUUGUUGUGACUUAGAUGAUCAGAACACAUUUCAUAACCAAAUUAUACACGAAAUCCAGGUCAUUCCAAAGGGUUCGCAUACUUUUUCUUGCAACUGUAUAGCUCGACAAAUUUGAGGUGAAAUUAGGGGCAAUGGUAGGGAUUUGUUACAAAAUGGAGACACGUGACUGAGCUUAGCCAAUCACCAGGCUGUAUCCGUGGUUGCGAAAAAAAACGCUGCACGAUAAGAUGAUGAAACCCCCUCAGACGCUUUUAUUUUUCAUGUUGCCCUCUACACGAAUUUUUACAUCUCCACUCACUCAUCAGUAAAUUACAACAUGGUUGGGUGAGUCUAUUCAAAAUGAUUUCCAUGACAUCCGAGGUUAGAUAAUUGCUGGUUUACAGCACUCGUGUUUGUUUCCAGAGUUGAACCAAAAUGUUUUUUUUUUCUCUUUUCUCUGUAUGCUGUGACUUGUGCUUUUGUUUUUACUACACUAUUUGAACAAGAAUUUGCUGUUUGCAGAUAUUCUUCACUGGGUAUCCGACGAACCGUGUUCAGGUUUUGGAGGCUGUAGCCACAGGGAAUCAAAAAAAAAAAAAAAAAACAUCUCCUGGUUCUUGUCACGAUGAUGCGGUUGUGGAAAGGGUCAUUCAGGCAAAAGUUCUUGAAGAAAAGCAGGGCACAGCUUCCAAAACUUGAACGGCCCUGUUUAGUUUUUUUUGUUUGUUUUUUUGUGACGGUGGUGCCAGCAAUAUGAAGUACUUCCUGUACGAGUACAGCAGUCAUGCCAACCACAACCCGACAGACUUCCUCUCUGUUAAAGGAUCAUGGACAUUCCUGAUUCAGGGAUUCUCUUUCCGAUGUUUAAAAAAAAAAA